UUUACUUGUUUUUUUCAUGUUUUUUGUGUAACAGCGUUUUCGUAAAAUUUCUAGUGAGAGAAACUAGACAAACAAACUCUCUCUUUGUGUGUGUGUGUGUGUUUUUUUUUUAAUUUCUAGAGAGAGAAACUAAACAAACUCUGUGUGUGUGUGUGUAGAGAGAGAAACAAAACAAACAUCAUUUCAUAAAUAAUAAUCACACACACAAACACCUUCCGAUCUGUAACGGAAAAUUGAUGGUUUUUAAUUAGGGUUUCAUAAAUCCGUCAUAAAAGUUUUUAAUUAAGAUAACUUUUUUCCGUUAUAUAGUAGUUUUACAUCAUAUAAUAAUGCACUCAAUUUUCAUGAUUGAAGUGGUUUAAUUUAAUUUCUUUCAGUUCAAUUUAGGGUUUUCUUAUUUUGUUAUGUUAUGGAGGGUAAUAGAAGACCUGCGUUUGUACCGCCUGAAGAUGCAUUGUAUAAUGAGUUGUGGAAUGCUUGUGCGGGCCCACUUGUUGAUGUUCCCAGAAAUGGUGAAAGGGUAUAUUAUUUCCCCCAGGGUCAUAUGGAGCAAUUGGAAGCAUCAACUAAUCAAGAGUUAAAUCAGAGGAUUCCUUUGUUCAACUUAAAACCCAAGAUUCUAUGCCGUGUUGUUCAUAUUCAGCUAAUGGCUGAACAAGAUACCGACGAGGUCUAUGCGCAAAUCACUUUACUUCCUGAGGCAGAUCAAAGUGAGCUUUCAAGUCCCGAUCAGGCCUUGGUUGAGCCUGCAAGGCCAAUGGUUCAUUCGUUUUGUAAAGUGUUAACGGCUUCAGAUACGAGUACUCACGGCGGUUUCUCGGUGCUCCGUAAGCAUGCAAACGAGUGUCUUCCGUCAUUGGAUAUGACACAACCGACUCCUACUCAAGACUUGGUUGCACGGGAUCUCCAUGGCACCGAGUGGAGAUUUAAGCAUAUCUUUAGAGGUCAACCAAGAAGGCAUCUCCUUACCACAGGAUGGAGUACUUUUGUUACUAAUAAGAGAUUAGUGGCCGGUGAUUCAUUUGUUUUCCUUAGGGGAGAGAAUGGUGAGUUAUGUGUUGGAGUUAGACGUCAAGCUCGUCAACAAAGUUCUAUGCCGCCUUCAGUCAUUUCUAGCCAGAGUAUGCAUUUAGGAGUGCUUGCAACUGCAUCACAUGCCGUAGCUACUCAAACACGGUUUGUGGUUUACUACAAACCAAGGACAAGUCAAUUCAUCAUUGGCGUGAACAAGUACAUAGAAGCAGUAAACAAUGCGUUUGGUGUCGGCAUGAGGUUUAAAAUGCGGUUUGAGGGUGAGGAUUCUCCUGAAAGAAGGUUUGCAGGGACAAUAGUCGGAGUUGAGGACAUGUCUCCUCAGUGGGAAGAUUCUAAGUGGCGUUCGUUGAGGGUCCAAUGGGACGAGCCUGCAUCAAUUGUAAGACCAGAGAGGGUUUCCCCGUGGGAGAUCGAGACUUUUGCAGCCCCCGCUGCAAUGAUUAUACCUCAACUGGCUGUCCUCAAAACCAAAAGGCCCAGGCCUCCUAUGGAGAUCCCUAAUCUUGAACCUUCCAGUUCUACUGCAUCAGCUGUCUGGAACCCUAAUGUGUCACAUGAUUCAGUCCAGUUAAGUUGUAAUCUUGAAGGACAGAGAGGCGAUAAUAAUAACAAUGGCUGUCUUCUAAGAAACCAAAUGGAAGCUGGUUGGUUAUCAUCUUCCCCUGUAAAAGCUUCGAGAAACAUGCAUGGAGGAGAUGAACCAGAAGAUAAGAAGGGUCAACAAUCUUGGUCUUUGCAUUCAACUCACUCACCCCGGGAUUUGAUCAAACAGACCAGAGAUUCAAAUCAAGGCUCAAAAGAGAACAAGAAAUCUGAAAAUGUUUCUAGUUGUCGGUUAUUUGGUUUUGACUUGAAGAUCCCUGCCGAAGGACAGACACCAAGCUCAUUAUCUGCUGGAAUUUCAGACCAUUCGAAGGAUUUUAAAGAACAAGGGCAGUUACAAGUAUCACCAAAAGAGGUUCAAAGCAAGCAAACCACUUCUACACGAAGUCGUACCAAGGUUCAAAUGCAAGGCAUAGCAGUGGGUCGUGCAGUGGACUUGACUGUGUUAAAAGGGUAUGAUGAGCUCAUUGAUGAAUUGGAAGAGAUGUUUGAGAUUAAGGGACAGCUACGCCCACGGAAUGAAUGGGAGAUCGUGUUUACCGAUGAUGAAGGAGAUAUGAUGCUCAUGGGGGAUGAUCCAUGGCUGGAGUUCUGUAACAUGGUGAAACGGAUAUUGAUAUGCUCAAGUCAAGACGUGAAGAAAAUGAAAGCUGCAAGUAAGCUUUCAUCAUCGACAGACAAUGAGGUGUCGGGUAGCUUGGAAGCUGUUGAGAAGUGAUCAACAACAGUGGUUUUUAAAAAAAAAUAAUUAAUGUUUAAUCUAGUUUCUUUUUUUUUUUGGAUUUGUUUUUGUUUUUAAGGAUGUUUCAGGUAUUGCCGGGUUUCACCUAGUCGUGAAAGGGUGGCCCCAGGUGGAAAUGUAAAGGGGAUGAUGGCUAAUUCAGUAUUUCAUAUGUUAGAUUGACCCUCUUGAAAGAAUAGGAAGGGGAUAUGGUAGUGACUAGUAGUCUAGUAGGAGUAAGAUAUAUUAUGUGUAUAUUAAAGAGGUGCUUUGAAUGUUUUAAUGCUAUUGGGAAGUUGUGUUCA